AUGGCUCCUUUUCUGACACCAGAGAAAAUCAAAGCUCUUGAGAGUAUCCUCGGAUAUAUCUUCAAGAGCAAGAGUCUUCUGGACAAAUCAAUGGAAUCUGGAGGUGCCACCGAGGAUCAACGUGACAACAGAGAUCUAGCUCACGUUGGAGAUGCUGCUAUAAGACUUAGUUUCUAUCUAGAUGGUUACAAUCGUAAUGGCGCUCGAGGUACCACCUCUGUUUUCCAUGACAUGAAUGCGAGUAAUGCGAAUCUUGCACUGAUUGGGCGCUCUCGAGGCCUAGACGAAUAUAUCCAUGUGAACCGAUCUCAACAGGGCCAGGUCUUUAAUAAGGUCAUGGCCACCGCUGUCGAAGCCAUAAUCGGGGCUGUUUUCAUUGACAGCGACCACAAUAUCGCGGUUGUUCAAAUCGUCCUUGUGACGCUUGGUAUUCUUCAGACUUCUUAG